AUGAGCGUGGCUUGGAAUAAAAUGCCUUACAUAGUGUAUCAAGGUCGAGCAAAGAAGUCUCCAGAAAAAGUAUCCGGCGAAACAGAUGUCGAAAAAAUAGGUAGCAAAGAUGCUGACGAUACUAAACGGAAGCAUGAUGCAGAUUCAAAAGAAAAAGAAAAGAACAAAAAAGGAUCUGAAAAAGUGGAAACUGCGAAGGAAGAACCGGAAGAAUCUGAAGAGCAAACUGAAGCUCAAAUUAUACAAGAGGAAGAAGAAACAGAUGAGUUUAAUUUGCCUGUAUCCCUGGCUGUAAUUUUACUGAUAACUUACAUGAUGCUUGGAGCCUUUAUAUUUACCCUGUGGGAAGAUUGGACGUUUUUCGAAUCAUUUUAUUUUGUGUUUGUUUCUAUGAGCACUAUUGGAUUCGGCGACUAUGUACCAGACCAUCCUAUGUAUAUGAUGGCAACGUUUAUUUACCUGUUAUUCGGACUUGCUUUAACUUCUAUGUGCAUAAAUGUUGUUCAAGAGAAGCUCUCUGCCAUAUUUCAAAUGGCAAAAAUGCGAAUUGGUACAACAGUAGGACUCGAUGCGAAUAUUUUAAUGGAAGAUGAUGUAAUGUCCGAUAAGUCUGACACCCCAGAUAGUAAAAGAAGAGGCAGUAGCUUGAAAUCACGUAGGGGAUCUAAAGCUCCACCAGCAAUGAGUCAAGAUAAAGAUGAAGAUGAAUACAAACCAUCUGACUCUCCGCACUCAAAAGAAAAUGGCGUAAAAGACGAACCAAUAAUGAGCACAGAUAUUUAAAUGCACUAAAUAUGAAAUUCAGAUUUAUUCCUACAUGCUUAUCUAAGUUCGCUAUACAAAGUGCUUUAUUUUAUGUUUUCUGACUGUGAUAUUUCUUGUGAUCAAAAAUAGUAGCAAAAUGUUCGCACUGCAUACCUGUAAAAAUCCUUCACUUAUGUUAAUUUCAUGCCAAAACAUUUCAUUUUUUCUGAACUGGAUUUAUUAAUCAUGGAGUGUUUUGUUUGUGUUGAGUACAUAGUAUUAAAGCUUUUAUCAUCCCUAAUUUUAAUUUAACAGAUAUAUUGUUUUGUUUAAAUUUCGUAUGAGCACGAGUUAGAAUAUCAUUAAGCCACUUGAAGAUCUGUGAUAGGCUCUGAAAAAGCGAAAUCAUUUUUAUAAUAAUGUUUCGGAACAUUUUUCCAUUAUUUUGUUUGUUUUGUACGUGCUUUCAUUUCCUUCAACAAAUCUUACUUUAUGUAAGGCAAGUUCAUGAAUUUCCUUUAUUGGGUUUUUAUUUUCUAAAUUCAUUUGUAAACUGUUUCGAAUAAGAAAAUUUACAUUUUUCAUUUACUUUUCAGAAAAAGUCUUGUAAUACACAUGUAUAUUUCUAUCAUUGUAAAAAAGAUCCUUAUGUAUUGAAUAUUGAAUUUUUCAAAUGUGUCAUGUCUUUAUCUUUAAUGGAAAUCAUUGAAAAGUAAGUAUACAUACAAGUAAUAUUACUAGCAUAAACAAGGGUUGACGCGUGAAUGUGAAAGUUUGAAAA